AUGCUACCGCAAAAGGUCCGAGUGGCAAUCAGGAGACUCCAUCGGCAGUUCAAUCACCCAGCGCCCAAGACCCUAGUGGCGAUACUCAAGGCCGGAGGUGCAUCGAAGGAGUUCAUCGAGGCAGCCAAGUUAGCGAAGUGUGAUUCGUGCAUCAAAACAUCAGGGAAGCCGAGGCCUCAUCCCGUAGGUUUGGGACACGGAGAGUAUCGAGUGGGAGAUGUUCUGGGGAUUGACGUUCUUGAAAUUUCCGAUUCGGGAAAGCAGAAGUAUCAGUGCGUCAACUUGGUCGACAUGGCAUCAGGAUUUCAGCAGCUUGAAGUGCUUCGACCGGUAGGCGAGCACGCAGGACCACCAAGCGCAGAGUCUUGUUUGGAAGCAGUCCAAAGAUGGGUAACUUGGCUAGGGUUGCCAAGAGUGCUCAUGGCAGACCGUGGCACCCACAAUCGGGGCAUAUUCAACAAGUGGGCAUCAGAGAAAGGAGUUGACAUAAGGUAUGCCGCGACCGAGGCCCCAUGGAUGAUUGGGAAAGUAGAAAGGCACGGAGGGCUUGCGAAAGCCGUGGUGAGAAAGGUAGUGCAUGAAGUGGGUACCACAGGGGUUUCAGAGAUCCGAGCAGUGGUUCAAGAAGUCAUCGGAGUCAAGAAUGCAAUGAUGAAUACUUCUGGGUACAGUCCAAUGCAGUGGGUUACAGGUCGAAACCCAAGGGAUCCAGGAGCGAUGACCGAUGAGCACGGAUGGCUGGACUUAGGUGCAAUGGAAUCAAAGCACGAUGGGAGCAGCGAGUUCGCAUCACGGCAUCAGGCAAGAAUGGCUGCGAAGAAGGCCAUGAUUCAUUUGGAUUGCAGUCGCAGAGUCCAAAAGGCAUUGACCCGGAACGCAGCUCCGAUCAAGGAGGAUUACCAGCCAGGUGAUUAUGUCGUGUAUCGGCGAGAUGCUCAGGCUGGUGGAACGAAGUGGAGCAGCGCAUCAAGAGUGAUCGGUAAGGAAGGGUCAGAGUCGAUUUGGGUUAUACACGGUGGAGUGCCGGUAUUGUGCUCAGUUCAUGCCCUACGCCCAGCUACCGAAGAAGAAGUCAUGUCUCAUUGCAUGCUACAGGGGAUCCCGUUGCUGCCUACAGAGUUGACAGAGGGACCCAGAGGCAAGAAAGCAUACAUUGACAAGCGUCAAAAGACAGAACCAGCAAAAGCAGCUAAGCAGCCUGACACGAAGAAGCGGAAACAAGAGGGAGCAGCGUCCAAGGACAUUCCCAUUCCAAGCAGCAGCGAAAGCAGCUCAAGUUCAGAGUCCAGUGAUGAGAGCGAAGGACAAGGGAACACAGCAAUAGAUAAGACGGGCACAAUCCCGGAACAUCAAGCUGAGCAGAACAACACCGUGCAUGAAGCACAUCAUGCAGAUGGAGAAACAAUGACGGAGUGCGAAAGGCUAGCCAAACAGGCCUUGGAACAUGAAGAUUACACUCCGAGAACAUGCUUGCAGGUGUUGAGAGCAUGUCAGUUCCCGAAGACGAGGAAGCGAGACAUCAAUCAGAACGGUGAGUGCAUGAGCUUUGGAGUUUACGCGCAUGGUCCGUUUUCAGGGGUGACAAGAGCAACGUUGGAGCACCCAUGGCUUGUUCUGUAUGUGAACGAGUACCUGCGUGCACGUGGAGCUACGGAGGGGUGGUCCAGCUUCGCAAUUCAUUUGAACGCAGAGACCCCGAAGCACACGGACAACCACAACAUGCGCAUGCUACACUCCCUUUUGAAGGGAGAACAUCAUCAGGGCGACGUCAAGGUCGUGGACACUCAGGCGGAGGAGUCAGUGACGAAAGAGCGCGACCUCCCCAUGGAAUCAUUGUUGACCCGAGGUAUGACUGAGGAUCAUUGGCGUGUGGCUACGGGAUUCUUCUUCAGGGUGCACAUGAAGCCCAGAACAGGCCUCUACACCCCAAGUGCCGAUGAUUUCCCAGGUGAUAUUAGUCGGGUGAGUCACACAAGGGUAACACACAAAACCUUUUCAGGUGGAAGAACAGAUCAUGUUACCGAUGAGUGGGGAAUGGUUCGCGAAGCAGAUGAGAAUUCAGAUGGACCGUGGACGGGAUUCACAUUGUUCAAGUAUGCUGAUACUGAGGCGGAAUUAUCUUCAUUACCUCAGGCGCCAGUGGAGUCAGCGGAGUAUCAGGCAUUUUUGAGUGACAGAAUCCUACCCAAGAAUGAACCGUUCGGUGAAGCAGUGAAUGGUAAGAAGCCGAAGAAGCUUGACAUCAACAGAGUGGAUGAGAAAACAGCCCAAGGGAUUCACGAGGCCCGAGGACAAGAAUGGGAAAAGUACAAACAGUACAAUGCAGCAGUUCCCAUUAUGGGACCAAUGCUAGAAGGCCUACUUCGAGAAGGACACAUCCCGAUCCCAAGCCAGUGGGUGGAUGUCGACAAGAACGAGUUCAAGAAAGGUCGGAGCGACUACCAGCCAAGGUACAGGAGCAGACUGGUUUCGUGCGGGAACUACGAGAACGUCUCCCGAAAUGAGCUAAGGUGUGAUGCGCCCACGGUGGACGCAGAAACCCAUUGUCUGAUCGCAAGUUACGCAGCUUGCCGCAAGAUAAAGCUCAGGUGCGGGGAUAUCUCUUCGGCAUACUUUCAGUCAGAACCGCUGGAAAGAGUAAUCAUCAUGAGGCAGCCGCGAGGAGGAUUGCCAGGUGUGCCGCCAGAAGCUAUGUUGCUGUGUAGGUUGCCGGUGUACGGCACAAUGGAUGCUGGCAGAGGGUUCUACACACGUCUGUGCAAUGUGUCAUGUGAGGAAGGACUCAAGGUGAGCAAGAUUGCAACUGGAUUGUACUACGUGCUAGGAUCUGACGGCCUUCCUGCAGUGCUGCUGGGAACCCAUGUAGAUGACCUGCUUUGGUGUGCGACGCAAGAAGGAGAAGAGAUCAUGGACAAGAUCAUGGCCAGGUUUGACAUGGGGAAGAUUGAGGAUACGGAUUUCCGGUAUUGCGGCCGGAGGUUUAGACAGGAUGCCGAUUUCAAUGUGACCAUCGACACGGAGGACAACACAAGGUCCAUUCGGCACAUCAGUAUCGAUCCGAACCGCAAGGGCACAGAAGCAGCAACGGAACAAGAUGUGACACGGUUGCGCAGUGUAGUAGGCUCGUUAGCGUGGGUUGCAAGGUACUCGCGUCCGGAUUUGUGCUACCGAGUCAACUGCUUGCAGCGUGCUUGCGCGAGGGCAACAGUGGCCGACUUGAGGGAUGCCAACCGAGUGGUGGAUCUAGCCAAGGCGGAUAUGGGAAUCGCAAUGUAUUACCCAGCGGGAAAAUUCUCAUGGCAUGAUGCGUGUGUGGUCAGCUUCUCGGAUGCAAGCCAUGCCGGAGAAGAAGGGCUACGGAGCCAACAAGGCCGAUUCCACUACAUCACAUCGGAGAAGAUGGUGGAUACCAAUGAGCACGACGCGCACAUCAUCGGCUAUGGUUCGACAACCAUUCGCCGGGUAUGUCGAAGCACCCUUCAGGCCGAAACCUAUGCGAUGCAGACUGCGGUCGAGAGUGGUGACCGGCUACGGGCUAUUCUGUGCGAGUUGAGGGGCCAGUUGCCGGUCCUCAAGGAUUGGAUGGAAACCACUCAGAAGGUCAUGAGACAUGAAUGGGUUUCCGAUUGCCGGAGCUUGACAGACCAUUUAAAUUCAUGCCAAGCGAGCAAGGUGACCGAUCGACGACUCGCCAUCGAGCUAGAAUCGAUGAGACAACAGCUAUGGGAAGGCGAUAGCAAAACCUACACGGUCUACGAUGGCCAUGGUGAUCGCCUUCGCUGGACCGAUACGGCGACACAGCUCGCCGACGCAUUGACAAAGUCGAUGAAGCCGUAUCAGCUUUUCAAGGUAAUGCGUGAAGCCAAGGUUUACCUCAGUGACCCAGAGAAGAAGAUCAAGAAGGGCACACAACAAGGUGACCAGUGA